GAACCAUAGUCCCACACCGACCACCAAUGUUAAGAACAACUUCGCAACUCACAAAGACACAUAGAGAGAGAGAGAGAGGGUGGUAGCGAAUAGUGAUGAAGCCAAGAAUCAUAAAGCUGUUCUGCCCUUCAGUAUCAAAGACAGUCCCGUUCGUGGCGUGGGACGAGCAGAGGCUGAACCUUGGCUCCAUAGCCUGGACGUUUGGGCUAGACCCAGCAACUUUGAAGCUCAACGGUCACUUUGUAAGCAGAGGGGUCGAUCUCUUCGCCUCCUCAGUCACCUGGAACUCACUUCUCUCUUUCUUCUCUGCCAGAGGUUUAUCCACCGGAAAAGACGACCAAGACGCGCUUGUCGUUGAUGGGAAGCUCAUCAGAGUUGGGACUAAACGGGCACAUGACCCUCGAGAUGCUGUUGAUGGAAGUUGCUGUGUAGCGGAAGAUGAAGUUGAAGGUGGUAGUAGAAGGCCACAACCUGAAGAUGUCUACUUGGUGAAGAAUAAAAGGUUGAAGGAAAGAAACUCAGGCGAAGAUCUUCAUGGCCGCAGCUUCAAGAGAAAGCAAUUGUUGGAAGAUUUAAGCCUAGUCAAGAAGUUAAAGAUAAAUGAAACUGACUCAGGACAUGGAAACCAGGUGGUCUCUGUUGGAUUUGGUUUAAAUAUUGGUGCUGAGAUGGAAGCAUUAUCUCUCCUUUGUGUCUCAAUGGCUUCCAACAUGAGUCUCACCUUUGCAAGUAGUGUGCAAGGAAAUGACCACAACAACACCUUUGCAUGCUCCCAAUUUACAUGCUGUUACAUGAGUAAUAAUUUGAAGCGGAUGCGAGAAGAUGAGGCAAUUGCAGCUUCUCCUUGCAAGAUGAUCAGAUGAGGCUUCUGUUUGUUGCUUUUCUUCCAUUCUUUUCCCCCCUUAAUAGUUUCUUUUUACUUUACUUGAUGAGCCUAAUUACACAAUGUCAACUUGUAAAUGAUCUUAGAUAUGGAUAGAAGGGAAAUCUUGUAAUUUAGUUUGCUUCGCUACAAAUAUAGUAGGAAAAAUA